GAGGGAAUUGGGGCGGGCGGGCUCUGUACGAGAAAAGUAGAAGGGUCUCCAGGGAACACAGACGGCGCUGAGCAUAUCUCCCGCCCAGCCCUCUUGUGUUGCUGCAAGAAGGGAGCAUCUUUCGCGGUACUGCCUCCAGGAGCAGUGCCUGGUCUAGAAAAUUAAAUGGGACUUGUUUGAAUCUCGUUAUAGUGGACCUGACUUUCGUCCAUGACCUAUGGAUGUCACAAAGUCACCUGCCUGCACUAUGCAGGUCAGCUUUGUUUGCCAACGCUGCAGCCAACCUCUUAAACUCGACACAUCUUUCAAGGUCCUGGACAAAGUGACUAUCCAAGAGUUGACAGCUCCUCUACUUACUACUACUCCAGCAAAACUGGGGGAUGCACCAGAGGAGGAGACCACUUUGACAGAGGAAGUGUUUGUUGAAAACCGCCAGGAUGGUGUGUCACGAAGAUUCAUUCCUCCAGCCAGGAUGAUGUCAACAGAAAGUGCCAACAGCUUCACUCUUAUUGGAGAGGCCUCUGAUGGGGGCACAAUGGAAAACCUCAGCAGAAGACUCAAGGUUACAGGUGAUUUGUUUGACAUCAUGUCUGGCCAGACAGAUGUGGAUCAUCCUCUAUGUGAGGAAUGUACUGACACUCUUCUGGACCAGUUGGACACACAGCUCAAUAUCACUGAGAAUGAGUGUCAGAAUUACAAGAGAUGCCUGGAAAUCCUGGAACAAAUGAAUGAAGAUGACACAGAAAAACUGCAACUGGAGCUCAAGGAAUUUGCUUUUGAGGAGGAGAGACUGAUUGAGGAGCUGGAGGAAGUGGAGCAGAAGCGCAGGGUGAUGGCUGAAGAUUUUGAGAAGGUCAGGGCUGAGGCAGAGAGGCUGGAUCGGGAUGAAGUAGAGUACCAAAAAGAAUAUAGUGAAUUCAAGAGGCAACAAUUGGAAUUGGAUGAUGAACUGAAAAGUGUGGAUAACCAAAUGCGCUAUGCCCAAAUGCAACUGGACAAGUUGAAGAAAACCAAUGUUUUUAAUGCUACCUUCCAUAUAUGGCAUAGUGGACAGUUUGGGACAAUAAACAACUUUCGUCUGGGACGUCUGCCCAGUGUCCCUGUAGAAUGGAAUGAAAUCAACGCAGCUUGGGGGCAGACCGUGCUACUCCUCCAUGCCCUUGCUAACAAAAUGGGUCUGACCUUUCAAAGGUACCGUCUAAUUCCAUAUGGAAAUCAUUCUUAUUUAGAGUCUCUCACAGAUAAAUCUAAGGAGCUGCCCCUUUACUGUUCAGGAGGUUUGCGAUUCUUUUGGGAUAACAAGUUUGACCAUGCCAUGGUGGCAUUCCUGGAUUGUGUGCAGCAAUUCAAAGAGGAAGUAGAAAAAGGCGAGACACGCUUUUGUUUGCCUUACAGAAUGGAUGUGGAAAAGGGCAAGAUUGAAGACACAGGCGGAAGUGGUGGAUCUUACUCCAUUAAGACUCAGUUUAACUCAGAGGAGCAGUGGACAAAAGCACUCAAGUUCAUGCUGACAAAUCUGAAGUGGGGUCUCGCCUGGGUUUCCUCCCAGUUCUAUAAUAAAUGAUGGUGGCAAUGAAGAACGAACCUGUUCUGCAGCAUGGCUGCAGAUUGCUUCAUCUAUGCCAAAAGCAGGACUUGGCUGAAGUGAGCUGUACAACCUCCCACUCCCACAGUUGAGAGAACACUUCAUAUUAAUUUCAUUUUCAAGUAGAACAAGCAGAAUGCUCUGUACCAUGGCUGACCAUUUCUGGACAAACCACAGGGCUGUUACUGGAGAAAGAAGUGGCUUAACUACCAGAAAGAGUCAGUUCACUUCAGUCAGCAAAAGGAGACCUAUCAGGCAGCUUUCAGGCACGGUAAAGAGUAAUUACACUACUUAGUCAACAGCUUUCUGUUACUGUACUAUGUUACCUUCAGAAAUACAAAAAUAAAAACAACUUGUUUCAGAA